AUGAGGUUAUCAGUUUUAUUGAUAAGUCUUCAGUUGAUAAGAACUAAAUAGAUUAAAACUUCAAAUAAAUUAUGCUUUCGGAAACAAUAAGUCGUAAUCGGUUGAACUCGAAUUUCAGACAUUUUUAGUGUUUUCAGUGGACUAAGACGGAAAUGUUGAACCUGGCCGAAAGGGACUUCGAGUUCCCCGUGGAACUGCUUGACAGGCCGAAAGCACUGAUUGGGAUCGUCGGCUUGGACACGGCGAACAACGCAGUCCACCGGGCCACUUGGGACGCCCUGAGGAAUGACCGUAGAGCCGACGAAUCGACCGUCAGGUUCAAGCUACUCCCCAGCAACUAUGAAUAUCCAAGGCCUAAACCCAAAAAAACAUCUUAUGAGAUGCACAUUCCAAAAGGCAUUCUGAAGAAAAGUUGGAUGCGCAAACAUCUUACAUUGAUUCCCGCAGUCGUUUGUGUCUUUUACAACUUAGAAUGGGACGACCCGAAUUGGGAAAGAAAGAUGGCCGAAUGCGAAUCUUUAGUUCAGUCAAUCAGGACCGCUUUAGAAGAGCACAAAACUCAAAUUUGUGUAGCCCUGAUACAAUUGAAGGCUUCAAACCUGGCGAGUGAAGAUCCGGUCGUAAAAGAUAAAGUGAAACAGCUUUUGGUAAUAACUGGGAUCAACGACAAGCAUUUAUUUAUUCUACCGCAUACAGAACACCUCCUUGACAGGACCUUAAUAUUGGAAAAAAAAUUGUUUGAAUUUGCCAUACAGCAUUAUCAUGAGAAAAUAAUACAAAUUCAAGGGCAUAGAGAUAACUUGAAUAAAAAGACACAUCAGUAUUUGUAUGUGAGGCACCACUUCAAAAUGGGAUUUUUCUCAGAAUUAGAAUACCAACUUACAACUGCUCGAAAAUAUUAUAGAGAAGCUUAUGAUUCUUUAUUAGCAGUCAGGCUCUCUGAUACAAAUGAAUUUGAAGUAAAGACAAUAGCUGGGUUCAUAGGAUACAAAAUAUCAAGGAUGGAAUUUGCGUUGAUGAAGUGCGACGAUGCUAUCUCCCAUUUUAAAGCGCAUAUCGACCACUACAAGCAUAAAACUGGGCCAAAAAUGUUACUCUUUCAACAUCACGCAUGGCUUGCAAAACAGUACAGCAUGUUUGCUGAUCUGUUCGAAGAGAUGAUACAACAGGGCAAACCAUCAAGCCAGACCAAGCAUCCAGGCUAUUUCAACAAAUUAGCAGCCAAACAGUCAGAACAGAGAAAGAUUUUAGCCCAGGAACUAUGUGCUAAUGUCCAUUCCUAUCCAAACCCUGACCCUUUAGCAGGUUGGGAAGACCUUGAGUUUUAUGGUCAACGCCCCUGGAGGCCAUGCAAAUUGAGUGCCUUAGAUCCUGCACUCGAGCAGGCUGGGAUUUUAGCCCUGCAGUACAAUGAAAAGUUGGUUGAACAUUCUAACAUCAUAAUAGGAUUAUUGGGGAAUGCAAUUUCACAAUUCAAAACCUUUAAAUGUCCAAAAAUGAGGCAGAAUUUAGUUAUCCUGAUGGCCGAAGAAUAUUACAAAGCAAAAGAUUAUGGUAAAGCGCUGACGCUUUUGAUGCACACAUUUUGGGACUAUAGAAUAGAAAAAUGGUUUUUGAUCGCUAACAAAUUAAUGGUGAUCGCCAUGGCUUCGGCCUAUCUCACUGCGAGUAUCACUGAGUAUGCUAGAUUGUGUCUUGAUGUGAUAUCAAGGCCCACUACAGAUGAUAAUGAUGUGUCAAGAGCAUUGAAUAAUCUAAUUAUUUUGACUAAGGGUGGGAUACCGGAGCCUGAGCCAGAAUUAAAUCCGAAUGAGGUGGAGAUGGCACGCGGGCUGUGGAUGACAGCAAAAGCGGACGAAUUGAUCUUGGUCGACACAUCUGUAUUCACAUGUCCAGUUCAAUGUAAAAUAGUGUUUGGCAGGCAUGAUUACAACUGUGUUGAGAUUCAUGUUGUCUUAAGGUCUAAUAUACCUCAGCCUUUCACGUUUACAAAACUUAUGAUAACUACGCUUGGCAGUGGCAGCCAUAAUUUGAAUCAUGUUGUUGCUACGCAACUCAAUUUCAACUACGGUGAGGUCAAAACGUUCACUUACUCCUUUGUACCCAAUUUUCAUGACGUUGGGAAGCCGCUUCAGGUAUCUGCUGUGUUGUUAAAUAUUGGAGAUAUUGAAGGGAAAACUGUCUGUUUGAAGUUUAAUGGAUUCGGACGGGACUCGAUUUCAUUUCAUCCGGAGUUGCUUUACUUUAAACAAAUAAGCGGUUCAGAAGGUGAAUUUCUAAAAUUGAAGCCACAGCUGACGUGCACCAUACUACGUAGAGUUGCCCAGGUCCAGGCGGAGAUAAAGCACAGCCCCCCUGCGCUUUUGAACGAGUGUUACCCACUAAGACUUAGUAUCACUAACAACGAAUCUUCACCCGUCACUAAAUCGCGUCUGACAAUAUCAUUCCCGCAUAACAUUAACAAAGAAGUCAUCCAUACAAGUAAUUUUCAGGUAGAAGGAAGUUCAAAUUUAAUUCCUCUUCCCCUUUCUUUGGAACUUGGUGAAUUGGGACAUAUAACUGAAAAAUGUUUUUAUAUGAAAUGCAGAAGCUUAGACAAUAGAAUACUUGAUGUUAGAUUGGAUUACUACAUAGAUGGCCAUUUUUGUGUGACAGAAUCACAGAUUCAUUUUAAUAUUAAAAAACCUUUUGAAAUUAAUACAAAAUAUAUGUCGGCAAACUUUGAUGAAUUGGAGGAAUUGUACACAAAAGAGCCUUUUCUAAUUCAACCGCAGAUAGUGUCGUCUUCUCCCUGGCCUAUUACCAUACAUUCAACAUCAGUCCAUCUUAGUAAGUUUAUGCAAUUGGAAGGUACCUAUGAAUGCUUAUUGAAGAACUGUGAACUAGAAUUUGAAAACACGGCCUCAGAAUUGAUCUGCGCUUCCGCAAAAUCUUUUUCUAAUGAUCCAGUUGUAAUUGCAACUUUUACUGUUGAAUGGGCGAGAUCAGAAGAAAAUGUGACAACUUCGGUAAGUUGCGUCCUGCCAGAAAAGAAAAUCAUUGACAUCCCUAUUUCAGUGGUCGUUGAUGCACCGGCAACCGGUAUAAUCAAGAGUCAGUAUGUCGUUAAAUACUUCAUAACAAAUCACAGUUCCAAAUUGCACAUUGUUGAAAUCUACGUAGAGCCUUCAAAUGAAUUUACAUUUGCAGGAAUCAACAAGAUGCGCCUAUUUCUUUUACCUGAGAGUACUAAAGAACUCGAGUAUCAGAUGUACCCGCUUUGCUGUGGUACCGCUUCACUGCCCUAUUUAAAAAUCAGUGCAGUGAAAGACAGUAUUGUGCCAAACUUAGAAAAAGUAGUGCUCAGAGCUCUUCCAGCCAACAUAUUUAUAAUGCCCGAAGGAAAGAAGAAUAAAGGAAACCAGUUACAACUUCCUUCUCACAACAUAUAAAACCAUAUCGAAUCUAAAUCGAAUUUGGACCAAACUUGAAAACAUUCAACAAAAAAUACAUGUAAAUAUGCAAAUCUAUUAAAAUUUGUAAUAAAGCUUAUAAUUUAUUUAA